CGUUCCGGCUGCCCCGGUCUUUGGGAAACACUGCAACAAAAUGUCAAAUUUGUUAAAGUACAUUUCUUUGGAUACAGUCAAAUUUUAACAAAAACACAAAAUUUCAAGAAUAAUUUAUUUUUCGAUAAUCCCCAAACCAAAAAAAAAGGACGCACGAAUCAAGCAUAAGAGAGAUAGACCCAACUCCCACGAAAGAGUAAAAUGAAUAAUGAUGCGAAAAAUCAUGAUUGCGAUGACUUGAAUGUGCGCUCAUCGGCGUAUUUGAAUAAAACAUCAACCACAAAUGCAGCUGCAGCUGCAGCAGCAGCAAAAGCAACAGCAACAGCAGUGACCAGCAACUACAACAACAACAACAGGAGCACUUCAGCUGCGUCUGCAUCUUCUGCCACCAGCAAAACUACCCCAACAACAGCAGCAGCAGCAACUUCAACAAGCAACAACAAUAACCAGAAGCCGAAUAGACAGUUUAACCAUAACUUGCCACGCAUCUCGACGGCCAGGAACUCCAUAGCCGCUGCAAUACUCGCCAGCAACAAAAGCGGCGGCAGUGGCAGUGCCAGGAAGAUAGCAAAGCAUGAGAAUCUGUCGGCAGGAGUAAAAACCAUACCAGCUACAACCAGCAGCAGCACCACCACCACCUCCAACUCCAAGGCGCCCUCCUCCAGUUUUGUGGCAGAGCUGAGUCUACUAAAGAAGAAGACAUCAGCCGCCGCCACAGCCACAACCGGUGGUGCCUCAGUCAGUGCCACAACAGCGGGCAGACUUAAAGUUAACAACAAUUCAGCCACUGCCAAUACUAACAACAACGGCAAAAUAAUGUCCGGUACAAGCAGCAGCAGCACUCCCACGCCCUCGCCCGCAUCGGCCACUGCCACCUCAACAACCACAACAACAACGAAUGCCGGCAGCUGUGCCACAAGCAGCAGCGGUAGUGGUAACGGGAAUGCCGCCAGCAGCAGUACGGUCAUUGCAAAUCCCGUAUCUGUAACUGCCGCCGGUAGUGCAGCAAAGUUUCGUGCUGCCGUUGCCUCAGCGCCCGGACCAUCGCCCGCUGCCGCAGCAACAUCUAAUGCCAAUGCCAACGCACCCACGUCCAGCUCCAGCAGCAGCAGCAGCAGCUCGAAGAAGACGCGAGCCGCAGUCGCCGCCCUUAAGCGACAGGUGGCCAUGCAACAGCAGCAGCAGAACGCAGCCUCGCCCGCCAACAACAAUGCCGUCGGAUUGCCUGGAAGCAAGGAUUCAGCGCAUUUAAAAUUCGCCGCAACCACUUUGCUGAUGGGAGCCGCCGCCGCUGCCGUCGAUAGCAACGCUGGCGCUGCUACCGCCGCCGGGGCACUGAGCAUGGCCCUCAAUCCUGCCGUCGAUGUGGCCAAUGCGGCUGCGGUGCUGAAGCAAAAGCUAAAGGAUGCCGCCGCCGCUGCUUCAGCCUCUGCGUCCGCCUCAAACCGAUCUGCCUCGUCGUCCAUGUCCUCGAACGCCUCGUCGCUCUCCUCAUCGGUGGGAAUUGUGAAUGCCAUUUCGUCGGCGUUGCAGAACAUCAUAACACCUGAUACGGACACCGAUACCGAGUUCUAUCCCCAGCCCGUCACCACAGAUCUGUCCGAGUCCGAAGAGGAGUCUGUCUCAGAGAUCCUAUUGGCAUUCUUGUGUUUAAGGCCAGAUCUCCUGGACGAUAUUCCCGAGUCUGAUCCGGAUAGUUGCCCCCACGAAGGAGAGGUGCGCGAGGAUGAAGAUGAGACGGAGGAAGAGUCGGAGGAUUCCGAAGAGUCCGAUGGUGACGAUGAGGAGGAUGAGGAAGAGAUUGAUGUCCUUCAGGACAACGAUGCAGAUGAUGAGGAAAUCGAUGACGAAGAUGAGGAGGAGGAUGCGCCAGAAGUGAGUCCCUUCCUGCUGGACGCGAACAACAAGCGUUCGAGUAAUCUCACAGCCCUGCUGGAGGCUGCGGCCAAUGAGAAAGCUCCCGUCCUGCGACACGCCACCCACGCCAUCGAUGAGACCAAGCAGGCGCUGACCAAGAUGCGUUGUGCCAACAGUCCGCGCGACAAGAAUGGUUUCUCCCGCUCCCUUGUCGCCGCCUGCACGGACAAUGACGUGAACACGGUGAAACGAUUGCUUUGCAAGGGCAAUGUGAAUCUUAACGAUGCCGCCGCCUCCACCGACGACGGCGAGUCCCUGCUAUCAAUGGCCUGCUCAGCAGGCUACUAUGAAUUAGCACAGGUACUUCUGGCCAUGUCCGCCGCGCAAGUGGAGGACAAAGGCCAAAAGGACUCAACACCUUUAAUGGAAGCCGCAUCAGCCGGUCAUUUGGACAUUGUCAACCUGCUGCUCAGUCACAACGCCGAUGUGAAUGCCCAUUGCGCCACCGGCAAUACACCAUUAAUGUUUGCAUGCGCAGGCGGUCAGGUGGACGUUGUCAGGGUGCUCUUGAAGCAUGGCGCAAAUGUGGAGGAGCAGAAUGAAAAUGGACAUACACCUCUCAUGGAAGCGGCAUCAGCGGGCCACGUGGAAGUAGCAAAGGUGCUACUGGACCAUGGAGCCGGCAUUAAUACCCACUCGAACGAGUUCAAGGAGAGUGCCCUCACCCUGGCCUGCUACAAGGGCCACCUGGAUAUGGUGCGUUUCCUGCUGCAAGCCGGUGCCGAUCAGGAGCAUAAAACCGAUGAAAUGCAUACAGCCCUGAUGGAGGCAUCGAUGGACGGCCAUGUUGAAGUGGCGCGCCUGCUACUCGACUCCGGGGCCCAGGUGAAUAUGCCAACCGAUUCGUUUGAGUCGCCCCUAACACUGGCCGCCUGUGGCGGUCAUGUGGAGUUGGCCACGCUGCUGAUUGAGCGUGGGGCUAAUAUUGAGGAGGUCAACGACGAGGGCUACACACCGCUGAUGGAGGCUGCACGGGAGGGGCAUGAAGAAAUGGUCGCUCUGCUGCUUAGCAAGGGCGCAAAUAUCAAUGCCACCACCGAGGAGACCCAGGAAACGGCCCUAACUUUGGCCUGUUGCGGUGGGUUCAGUGAGGUCGCUGCAUUCCUCAUCAAAGAGGGCGCCAAUCUGGAGCUGGGCGCCUCAACGCCCCUGAUGGAGGCCUCACAGGAGGGACACACGGAUCUGGUGCGAUUCCUGCUGAAGAACAAGGCCAAUGUGCAUGCCGAGACGCAGACGGGCGACACGGCGCUCACUCAUGCCUGCGAGAAUGGACACACCGAUGCGGCCGGCGUGCUUCUUUCGUAUGGCGCCGAGCUGGAGCACGAGUCCGAGGGCGGUCGCACGCCCCUGAUGAAGGCCUGCCGCGCGGGACAUCUGUGCACCGUGAAGUUCCUCAUCCAGAAGGGCGCCAAUGUCAACAAACAGACGACCAGCAAUGAUCACACACCGCUCUCGCUGGCCUGUGCCGGCGGCCAUCAGUCGGUGGUGGAACUGUUGCUCAAGAACAAUGCCGAUCCCUUCCACAAGCUGAAGGACAACAGCACCAUGCUGAUCGAGGCCUCCAAGGGUGGCCAUACGCGUGUCGUGGAGCUGCUCUUCCGCUAUCCCAACAUCUCGCCCACUGAGCUGGCGGCGGCCUCAAGCGCUGGCCAGGCACAGGCUGCUGCCGCUGCUGCAGCCGCUGCCGCCGCCGCAGCCGCUGCUGCGGGCACCAAUCAAAUGCGAUUGCAGCAGCAGAAGAUCCUCCAGCAGCAGUUACAACACCAGCUACAGCAGCUCAAUGCACCGCCCGGCCUCCACGAGCUUUCCGAGGCGGCUCGAGCCUCCAACCAGCAGCUUUUCCACCAGCAGCAGUUCAGUGCCGGCGGCAAUGGUUCGAACAUUGUUGCCCUUGGCACCGGCGACUUCUUAGACGCUGGCGAGCUGCAACUUACGGCAGCAGCAGCAGCUGCCAGUGCCACUGGCAGCGAGGCAGGAGCCGAGGAAUACGGUGGUGUCUCUGGUGGAGUCGGUGGCAUCGAUCUAACCACCCUGGGAGCCCAGCAACAGGAGGGACUCAUUGCCAAGUCGCGACUCUUUCAUCUACAGCCAGGCUUUGAGCAGCAGCAGCAACAACAACAGCAGCAGCAGCAGCAGCCAGCGGCAGGGCAGAAUCAGCAGCUUGUGCCCUGCAAGCAUUUCGAUUUAGAUAUGGAGCACAUCAAUUCGCUGCAGCCGCCACAGAAGGCGCCGCCAGCGCCGCCCGUGCUGUUCCAUACGAUUUGCCAACAGCCUGUGCUGCAUAUGCAGCAGCAGCAGCAACAACACGGGGAACAGCAGCACCAGAUACAACUCCAUGCCCAGUCAAAGCUAAAGGGGGGUGGCACACUGCCCGGCAGGAAUCGUCCGCUCAAGAGCGAAGUGUUGGGCAUCAUCGAGUGUCCGUUGGAUCAUUUGAACGAGCAGGUGCGCUCCCAGCCAUUGGGCGAAGAUGGUGGCAAAUCCCAUCAGCCGCAGUUCUCAUGCACUGGCGAGGAUCCACGCUUGCAGCGGCGACGAGGCUUCAUGCCGGACCUCAAAAAGGGGGAACUGCCGCCAAGUGAAGGCGGCAGUGACACCAACGACCAGCUGGCCAUGAAAGGAGCAGCCGAAAAUAAUCAGCAGCAGCAGCCCGCACAGACGACGACGACGGUGACAACAGCAAUGGAAAACAGUGGUGUGGCAUCGUGUUCGCAUCCCAUAUAUCCACCGCGACCUGGUGGACCCAUUACGCAGAUUUCGGAUGUUCUCCAGAGCACAGCCAUCAGCGAUAGGCCAAAGGUCAAGGCCACCAACAAGAACAACCGAAAGCAGGCAGCAGCCGCCGCAGCAGCAGCCGCAGCAGCAGCAGCCGCCGCCGCAGCAGUGGCCGCCCAGCAUGCGCUACCCAAUCUCCAGCAGAAUCAAAUGGUGUCCAUCUACAACAAUUUGCAAAUGCAGCAGACGCAUCUGCAAUUGCAGCAGCAUCUGCAGUUGCAUCACCAGCGUGUGGCUUUGGACAAUGCAGCCGCUGCAGCAGCAGCCGUGGCAAAUAAUCCAAAUCUCUAUACCAAUUCCCCGGCCUCACCGCUGGCCUCGCCCACAGGAGGUGGCGGCGGCAACUAUCCCGAGCAACAGCCAACGCAGCAGCAGCAACAGAAUCCAGGCGGAGGAACCUUGGAUGUGGCCAUGCAGCGAAAGACGGCCAUGGAGGACUUUCGUGGUCUGCUGGAGACAGCUGUGAAUGGAUCGCGGGGCAGGAAUGAAUUGGCCAUGACAGCGCCACCGUUGAACUUCUUCAAGGAGGGCUGGCACAUGGUGGGAGUGCACAAUUUCUUUGGCGAUCAGCCAAAGUCGCCCACCGAAACGCCACCCGAGAUGGAGGAGACGACCAUGUCGCCGCCGCAACCAUCAGCGGGAGCACCACCACAGCAGCAGCAUCAGGAGGAGACAACGCGUCCCGAAAUGAAGAAUCUGGCCACACUCUGUUCGGCAGCAGCAGCAGCCGCUGCUGUGGCAGCAGCCCAUAAGGAUCAGGAUGACAUCAGUACGGAUCUGGAUAGUGAUGAGGACGAUGCCAUGGGCGAUGAGAAUACAAUGCCGCCAGAGCCAAUGGAUUUAGCUGAAGCAUUGCGCGAGGAUGGCAUUAUAUUGGUGGAGGCCGAGGAGGAGGAUGAUGAUGAGGAUGAGCCCGAGGAGAGCAAUAGCGGGGAGAUUGAGACAGAUGGGGACGGAGAUGGGGAUGGAGAUGUUGAUUACAUUGAUGAGGACGAGGGCCCAGCCGACGAUGAGGAGGACGAAGAUGAAGACGAUGAUGAGUUCUUUCUGGAUGUGCCCGUUAAUGAAAACAAUGGAAAUAUCAAUAAUAAUAACAACAACAACAAUAACAACAACCCGAAGAGCGGCGGAGGCAGCAUCGGUGGCACUGCUACCGGCUCCGGUUCAUUGCCACUGAAGCAACGAAAAAUGGCCACGCGAUUGGAGAAUCUGAUUUUAACCAAACCAGAGAUCUUCCAGCAGACGCUGUGCGAUUUCCGUCAAGAUAUGACCAACUCGGAGCUGGUCCAUGUCCUGCCACAGAUAAGCAAUCUCAAGGCGGCCGCUGCCAACAAUGCGGCAUUGAACAGUGUGCUGCACCAGCAACUGGCAGUAGCCACAGCCGCUGCACAGGCCAAGGCAGCACAAAUGCACCAUCAGCAUCAGCAUGGAGCAGCAGAAGGCGUCCAGCAUUGCGAUGACGAAGGAUGCGCUGGAGCCAGUGAUCUAUACUCGGGAUUGGAGCAGUUUGCCAACGAUGGGGAAAUGGAGGAUAUAUUCCAGGAGCUGGCCAGCAGCUUGAACUACCCAGAGUUGGCCGAAUUCAGCCUGAAUCAGAUGUGCAAGGGCAGAUUUGCGGGCCAAUGGGCGACACAGUCGUCAGGCAAGUGGACAACGGGACAGGAUGGACAGCUAGUGGGUGUGGUACGCACUGGGGACGGUAUGCCGCAGGAUGCUGCGUCUGCUGCUGCCCAGCGUCAGGGAAAUCUUGUUGUAUUGGAUUAUCCCAUGCAGCAGAAUAUACUGGAGGCCGAAGAGCAUAUGCACAUGCAGCAGCACCAGCAGACUCCUUUAUCCCUUCUACCAUUUGCCCCGGACGAUCAGCAACAGCAGCAGCAGCAACAACUACAUCCAGCCGCCGCCGCCGAGUUCCACCAGCAGCAACAGCUCGCCUUGGAGGGCGAUCCCGAACUGAAGCAGCAGCUGCAGCAAUACUCGAAUGCGCGCAUUAUCAAGGCAGUGGCUGCCCAGCAGCAACAGCAGCCGGCCACCAAUUUUGUCUACAAUGUGGAGAGCGGCGACAAGAAUGCACCGCCCGUGCAGCUGCUCUUCCAGCUGCCACCCAACAUGUCUCAGGGAGUGGGCUGUGACCAAACCGGCGAUCAUCAGUUGCAUGCCGAGCAGCAGGCGCAUCUCUUCCAGCAGCACCAACAGCAGCAGCAGCAGCAUCGGGCAGCCGGACAGCGUCCACCCACACAGAGUGAACUAGAGCAGGUGGCCCAGGAAUUGUUGCUGCAGAGGCAGACAACAGCUCCAAGUGGUGUCCAGCAGCAGCAGCAACAGGCAUUGCCACUCAAGCAGAAGCACUUCAAUCUGCAAGAACAGGUGCAUCUGCAUCAGCCAUCGAACAUGCAGGCGCCCACCUGUGUCCAGCAUCAGGUGGGAACGCAGACGCAUCCUGCCUCGGUGAUGGUACCCCAAACCGCCGUCGGACAGUAUACGCAGUUUGCCCUGCAACCGCCUCAGCAGCAACAGCAGCAGCAGCAGCAACAACAACUGCAGCCCGGACAAGCACAGAAUGAGCUAUCCAUUUGGCCCAUGGCCACGCCCACACCGACACCCAGCGCUGCAGGAGGCAAGUCGAUGCCGGGAGGCAUUGCCAAGAAGGCCAUUGACAAGCAAUCGCGCAAGGAUCGACGAUGCUCAACCUUCCGUCAAACGCCAGCAGGCAGUCAAGUGAACACCAAUCAGCAUCAACAGCCGGCAGCAGCAGCGGCCGCUGCCGCCCAACAGCAGGCACAGCUGCAGAAUCAGUUGGCUGUGGCUGCUGCAGCCACUGCGAGCGUUGAUAAAACGAUUGAGAUUGAUUCGGAGACGGAGUCAAACCAUGACACAGCCCUCACGCUGGCCUGUGCCGGCGGCCAUGAGGAGUUGGUCGAGCUGUUGAUCAAUCGUGGUGCAAAUAUCGAGCAUCGGGACAAGAAGGGAUUUACACCGCUCAUCCUGGCCGCCACGGCUGGCCACGAGAAGGUCGUGGACAUAUUGCUGAAGCAUAGCGCCGAGCUGGAGGCACAGUCUGAGCGCACCAAGGACACACCGCUGUCGCUCGCUUGCUCAGGCGGUCGGUACGAGGUCGUCGAACUGCUGCUGAGUGUCGGAGCCAAUAAGGAGCAUCGCAACGUAUCCGAUUACACUCCGCUCAGCCUAGCAGCCAGCGGUGGAUAUGUGAAUAUCAUCAAGCUGCUGCUCAACCAUGGGGCAGAGAUCAAUUCGCGCACCGGCAGCAAGCUGGGCAUCUCCCCGCUCAUGCUGGCCGCCAUGAAUGGCCACACGGCGGCGGUUAAGCUGCUGCUGGAUCAGGGCUCCGAUAUCAAUGCUCAAAUCGAGACCAAUCGCAAUACGGCCCUAACGCUGGCCUGCUUCCAAGGCCGGCACGAGGUCGUCAGCCUGUUGCUCGACCGCCGGGCCAAUGUGGAGCAUCGAGCAAAGACCGGUUUGACGCCCCUAAUGGAGGCCGCCUCUGGGGGAUACAUUGAGGUGGGACGCGUGCUGCUCGACAAGGGAGCGGAUGUGAAUGCAGCGCCCGUGCCCACGUCCAGGGACACGGCACUAACCAUUGCCGCCGACAAGGGACAUCAGAAGUUUGUGGAGUUGCUGUUGUCGCGUGGAGCCAGUGUUGAGGUAAAGAAUAAGAAGGGGAACUCCCCGCUCUGGCUGGCUGCACACGGGGGGCAUUUGAGUGUUGUUGAGCUGUUGUACGAUCAUAAUGCGGACAUUGAUUCGCAGGAUAAUCGGAGGGUCUCCUGUCUGAUGGCCGCCUUCCGCAAGGGCCACACAAAGAUCGUCAAGUGGAUGGUGCAGUAUGUGUCGCAGUUCCCGUCGGACCAGGAGAUGAUACGCUUCAUUGGCACAAUCAGUGACAAGGAGCUGAUCGACAAGUGCUACGACUGCAUGAAGAUCCUGCGCAGUGCCAAGGAGGCCCAGGCCGUCAAGGCCAACAAGAAUGCCUCGAUUCUGCUCGAGGAACUUGAUCUGGAGCGCACUCGCGAGGAGAGCCGCAAGGCCGCAGCCGCCCGGCGUCGCGAGCGCAAGAAGAAAAAGAAGAUGGAGAAGAAGGAGGAGAAGCGCAGACAGCAGCAGGGCGGCCGCGGUGGUGGUGGUGGUGACCAUCAGGGCGAUGACGAUGAUGCCAGUGACAAGGAUGAUGAUUCCGACAGGGAUGACGACGAUGAAGAGGUUGAACCUGGUGCAAGGGCCGGUGUUGGCUCAGGGGCACGUGAAGAGGGUGAUUCUGGCAUUGAUCAGGGCUCUUGUUCGAGUGGCGACACCAAAACUACUGCCACCAGAACUGCAGCAGCAGCAGCCGCCGCAGCAUCUACAGCCGAAGCCAGCAACAGCCAACAGAUGAAGAAAAGCAAGAAGCAGCCAAAGAGUAAGAGCACCACAGCGGCAUCGUCUUCUCUUGAAUUAUCAACGCCUGCCACAGGUUCAGCUACAGCAUUAACACCCGCAGCACUUCCAUCUGCCACACCUGCCACGGCAGCAUCAGCAGCAGCAGCAGCAACAGCACCCGCAACCGUGUACAAGAAACACCCGAUGAUCGAGAGUGUUAGGCUGCUAGCUACACCAGUGCAGGCUCAGUCUACGCCAGUCCAAGCAGCUCCAGUGAAGCGACAGGUAGAGGUUCCUAAGAAGGAAGAGGCGUCACUGAAGAAGAAGGAGCCCAACAGCAACAGCAGCACCGCCGCCAACAAGCGCGAGAAGGAGAACCUCGCACCCAAGGAGUCGACGAGCCAACAACAGCCGGCAUCGAAGCAACAUCAAUCCACAAGCAGCGGUGCUGGUGGUGCUGCUAAGCUGCAGAGUAGCGAAUCAUCCACCAAUAUAGCCAGCAGCAACCGGAAAGAGGUUACCACAAAGCCAUUGACAUCCGCCACAAGCGGAGGAAGUGCCGCCAGCCUGAAUCCUGUGAAGCGCAGCGAAGUGGAUGGCUGGAAGGAAGUGGUGCGCAAGAGCAGCACACAGCAGGUGGCAGGUGGUGCCCCAGUGACAGUGACGGUCGCCAGUUCGGCCACCAGCCUUCAUGGUGGGGGUGCCCAUCAUCCGCAUGUGGCCAACAGCUCGACAAGCGUUGGCUCCCUGACAACCAUAACGACAUCGAUAGCCCCUGAGAUGACCUGCAAGAAGGUGCAGGUGCCGGUGAAUGCCAUUUCCCGUGUGAUUGGCCGCGGCGGAAGCAACAUCAAUGCCAUACGCGCCACCACCGGGGCCCACAUCGAGGUGGAGAAGCAGGGCAAGAACCAGUCGGAGCGAUGCAUUACAAUCAAGGGACUGACGGAUGCGACCAAGCAGGCGCACAUGCUCAUCCUGGCCCUGAUCAAGGAUCCCGAUGUGGACAUCCUGCAAAUGUUGCCACGCAUUAAUAGCAGCAUCAAGGCAGCCGCCUCGGCAGGAGCAGCAGCAGCAGGCACAACGGCCCCCAUGACAGUCGGCACUUGGGAUAAUCGUACGGCUGCCGGUGUUUCGGCCAGUACCUUCUCCUCGGCGGCAUCCACCACGUCCACAUCGUCGAGCUCAUCGGCCAGCUCCACCACAGCGACGGGCGCUGCCUACAGCAGUGCACACAAGCAGCAGCAGCAGCCGCCAUCAAAGGGACAAAGUGGACGCGUCUCUUCAUCCGCCAAAGCGAAUGGCAGCGGCAGCAGCAAGGCUUCCACCUCGCUCUCGACCUCCGGCUCUGGCUCACGCGGACAGAACGGCCGUGGCGGAUAUGCAGGCCAGCAGGCGACCUCGAGCCGUGGUAGCGGAGGUUCCUCCUCCAAUGGUGUGCUCUCCAAGAGCAGCAAGGAGGGCUCCUCGGCCAAAUCAUCUCUGCCAGGAACACAGAAGAACAGCAGCAGCUCUUCCGCUGCCGCUGCUGGCACUGCUACUGCAGGCAAGCCGUCUUCCACUUUGACGGCCCAAAACUUUGCCAAGGCAGCGGCCAUUGCCGCUCAAUCCUCACCCAAGAAGGUGGACAGUAGUGGGACGACGGCGGGGACGGGAUCGGUGAUUGCAUCCACUGGCGGACGCAGUAGUGGUGUGGUGGCUCCCUUCGGUCGUGGAAAACCCGUGACCGGGGCCACAGGAGCAAACAUUUCGCAGCUGGGAAGCGCCGCAGCCAGCAACAUAUUGGCUGGACCAAUUGGCACCUUCAACGUGGCGGAUGUGGCGGCCGUGAAUGCCGCCGCUGCAGUGGCGGCCGCCAGCAGCAGCAGUAGCAAUGUGAAACCCAUUGGCCCGCCAAACAAGAGGAUCGGUUCACCCACACAGCAGCAGCAGCAACAACAGCAACAGCAAUCGCAGGCAACAGCUUCACAGCCGUCGGCCGUGCCCGGACUGCAGCAGCAACACCCACCGCAGCAGCAGUCGCCACAACAGCAACAGGCGACAACAUCCCAACAGAAUCUGAUGAUCAACACCAACAUGUUGAUGGCCGAUUUGAUGGCCGCCAAUACCGCAAGCGAUAGUUUCAGUGCACAGCUGGCUGCCAAGCUUUCGAGUGCCUAUUCCCUGUUCAGUGACUAUCAGACCUCGCAGUGGGGGAAACUGGAUCAAGGGACAGCCGGUGGGGCUGUGGGGGAUGGCCUGCCCCAGGCCGAUGCCUCCAAGGCGCCUGGAUACAACAGGAAUAUACUGAGCUCUCCCGUUGGCAGCUCCAAGGCUUCGUCGAAUCAUUCGACCUCGCCACCGGUGGGCAAUGUGAUCCAGCAGCAACAGCAGCAGCAGCCACAGGCACAGACACAGACACAGCCCGGACAGGGACAGCAGCAACAGCAGCAGCAACAACAGCAGCAGCAGAGUGUGCAGCAGGCACUGAACAUAAUAACCAGUGGAGCGCCAUCCACAGCGCCAGCCAGAUCACCGUUGGUGACAGCCGGCGAGGGAAAUUCCUCGAGCGUUGGACCCUCGAUUAAUGGCGAGGUAGCAGCUAGUGCCGCGCACUCACCGGGAGUUAUCAAGCCGCCGCCGGGCACUGUUCCCAUCCAGAGACAUGUCCCCAUGCAGAUCUCUGCCCCGGAAGCACCGCCUGCAGCGAGUGGUCUCAAUUUCGGGGCCAUUGGCUCGAAUGCUGGCGGAAGCAGUGCAGCAGCAGCAGCUGCGGCUGCGGCCGCUGCAGCUAUGAUCGAUCGCCAGCAGCAGAAUCUGCAGAGACUGAUCUACGACAAGGUGGGGGCCUCGCAGCAGCAGCAACAGCAGCAGCAGCCGCUCAACUAUCCCAUGGAACCUUCGGCGUCGCACUACAUUGUGGACAGCAACAAUAUGCUGCGUCUGAAUCCUCGCGCCUCUGUGUUUACGCAGGGCAACAAGCAGCAGCAGCAGGCUCCCAGUGUUGGUGGUGGCGGCAUGAAUCAGCCACCAAUCAAUCAAGGUGCUGGCCAACAGUCAAAUAUGUUUGGCAAUCAGAUCCGUCAGCCACCGGGAGCGGCACGCCUGCCCGGUGGACCGUCGGCCACCGCUGCGCCACAACGCUGGUAUGGCGGCGCUCUGGAGUAUCCCUCGUAUUCGGGACGCGACAUGCUGCAUCUGGAGAACGGAGGAGCCAUGGCUGGACUGGGCUCGCCCUCUGCCAUGUCACCAAACCACGAUGACAUACGCAAGAUGCCGCGACCAAUCGGCACCGAGCGUGCUGCCUCCUGGAAGUUUAACAACUUCAAUGUGGCCGCAUCUGCACUGAGCAUGGACGAUGUACUGCCGCCGUGGGCGCACGAGCCCAAGGCUCAGCCGCCGGGCUUACAACAGCCGCCGCCACCCCAAUCACAGCAGCAGCAGCCGCCCAAUUGGUUGAAGCAACAGCAGCAGCAGCAGCAACAACAACAACAACAACAGCAGCAGUACAGGCCCUACAACAAUGGACCAUACCCGCAGCAGCAGCACGAGCAGAUGAAUAUGCCCAUGGACUACCACAACAUGCAGGCGCCACCGAAUAUGGGUCAACAGCAGCAGCAGCACCACCAUAUCAACUUGAUGCAAUCCUAUGGCUUCCAGCAUUUCGCUGGGGCCCCUGGAGCUGCUGAUAUUGCGCCCCAUAUGGCAGACAAGAUGGAAGUGUGGGAUCACCACGAUAAACAUAUGCCCUGGACUAACUACACUACCAAUUGGUCGAACUGAUGUCUGGGGGAUCUUCAGCAGGAGGAUCUCUUCGAUAUCUGUCGUUCAACCAAGUGAAACGAACAGCUAUGAGUGAGAAUUAAUCCUAAAACAUGAAAGGAUGAAACAACAGCAGCAACAGUGUAGCAGCCGGAGCAACAGCAGCAGCAGCAUCUACCUGAUAUUUCAAACAAAAUGCAAAGCAAAGCAAGAUAAUAUUUAUUGAAUUUCCAACGUUUUCCACAUGCGGAAUCCACUGCUUCAAACCUUCAUUCAAUCAACGGAUCAAUCAUACCACGUCCUUAUCCAAUCAAUCAACCACAAGAACUCCAACGAAGACUCGGGAUUUGAAACUUGGCUUUGCUAAUUCUUAUUUUUUUCGAUUUUAAAUUAUUCUAUUUUUUUUUUUUUUUGGUAAUUUCCGACCAAUAAUUAAAUUCGCAGGUUAUCCAUAUUUUUGGUUAAACGAUCAACAGACAGAGAAAAAAGAUAGAAAAAAAAAUGUUGCGCAUAAAUGGAAAAAAAAAACAAACGGAAAAUAUGAUUCGAAAAAAAUGGCACCCAAAAUGUAUAGUACUUUUUGGGCGCAAUAUACUUUAUUUAUUUUUAAAAUGUA